CGACGGGACCUGCUUUCGGGGCAUGAGUUGGGGGCACAGUGCCGAGGCCAGCAGAGAUUGAUGGAAGCAGAAACUAAACCUCUUCCCCUGGAAAAUGCAUCUAUCCUUUCAAAGGGCUCUCUACAGGAAGGUCACCGGUUAUGGAUUGGCAACCUGGACCCCAAAAUCACAGAAUACCACCUCCUGAAACUCCUCCAAAAGUUUGGUAAGGUGAAGCAAUUUGACUUCCUUUUUCACAAGUCAGGUGCUUUAGAGGGCCAACCUGGAGGGUACUGUUUUGUCAACUUUGAGACUAAGCAGGAAGCAGAGCAAGCCACCCAGUGUCUCAAUGGCAAGCUGGCACUGUCUAAGAAGCUGGUGGUGCAAUGGGCACAUGCUCAAGUAAAGAGAUAUGACCAUAACAAGAAUGAUAAGAUCCUUCCAAUCAGUCUCGAGCCAUCCUCAAGCACUGAGCCUACUCAGUCUAACCUAAGUGUCACUGCAAAAUUAAAAGCCAUUGAAGCAAAGCUGAAAAUGAUGGCAGAAAAUCCUGAUGCAGAAUAUCCAGCAGCACCUGUUUAUUCCUACUUUAAACCACCAGAUAAAAAGAGGACUACUCCUUAUUCUAGAACAGCGUGGAAGUCUCGAAGAUGAUGGUUGUGAAUUACUGGAGCAGUAAAAGUGUAUUGGUCUCCACACAUGAACUCCUUUGCCUUUGUGCUUUGUAGAUGUGAAUUGUAUUAUCCAACAGAGCACAAUCACAUGUAGAGAGUUUGCUAACAACAUUUUUGGAUGUUCUAAUGGAUGUGUCUUCCCUGAACUAUGUGUGGAAUUGAACAUCAUCCAGAAUAAAUAGGAUUGUGUCCAAAAUUGUGACUUGAACACUGAAA